AUGGUUCACUUCAUUCCUAUGCAAUUCACAGCAUCUGCUAUUGACAUUGCUAAUAUUUUCAUAACCUACAUCUGGAAACUUCAUGGCCUACCAAAAAGCACGGUAUCAGAUAGAGGCCCUACUUUCAAUGCCAAAUUUAUUUGUCAUCUGUAUAAAAGGCUGGACAUUAAACCCACAUACUCUACAGCCUACCACCCCCAAACAGAUGGUCAGACUGAAUGCAUACAGAGAGAGGCCAAAAUCUUCCUUUGUAUGUUUGGGAAUCAUUGCCAAUCUGAUUGGGUAUCAUUGUUACCUUUGGCCAAGUUUGCUCUAAACAACCUAAAACAAACCUCUACUGGCAAAUCUCUGUUCCAAACAUGCUACAGGUACAAUCCAAGGUUCUCAGCUGGCCAGAAAUCAGAAGAAAUGGUCCCCAAUGUGGACAAACACACAGAGUUCCUGGAAAAAAGGUUAUGA